CACUCUUCUUUGGGGCGUGGCUUCAAAAAGCUGUAUCUUCCCAUAAUCUUUUGCCUUCGUUGCUUGCCACUUUCCAAUCCACCAUCAACCGCCUGCUCCACUAUCUCUCAACCAUGGGCAACCUCUUCUCGUUCUCACUCGAAGCGCUCUACGGCAGCUUGGCCUCGUACUUCGGCAACCGCGAGAGCCGCAUCAUGAUCAUCGGUUUGGAUUGCGCUGGCAAGACCACGCUGCUCUACAAGAUCAAACUGGGGGAAAUGGUGGUUACUAUCCCCACUAUUGGCUUCAACGUCGAGACAUUCGAAUACAAGAACAUCAAGUUCACGGCCUGGGACAUCGGAGGUCAGGAGAAGAUCCGCUGUCUGUGGAAACACUACCUAUGCAACAACGACGCCGUCAUCUUCGUCGUGGAUGCGGCCGACAUCGAGCGCAUUGACGAGGCCAAACAGGCGCUGCAUCUGAUCUUUGAGGCGGAAGAACUUGCUGAUACCAAGCUGCUCGUGUACGCCAACAAGCAGGACCACCCCGAUGCCCUGUCGGCGGAGGAGCUCCGAGAGAGAAUGGAGCUGUCGGAAGCGACCAGGAACCCUACUCACGUGCAGGCAUGUAUUGCAACCACCGGGGAGGGGAUAUACGAAGGUCUCGACUGGCUGAGUAAGGCGGUCACGGGUGAGUUAUCCUCGUAGAUGACCGAUUUGAGCUGGUUUGGGUUCUUCCGAACGCAGGAGUAUCGUUUCCACCUUAAUUGUACUUCGACGCAGUAAAAAAAACUCACACGUAUGCAAUACAUUAGCGCUUGAAUCUUUAUCGUGCUUUAUUCUGACAAAGACAAUAAUGUGGAUUCUUCUA